AUGAGCGACUGGAGAGUUCAGCUUGGACUAGUUGCCGGCGCGGGUGGCGGGGUAUACUACGUCUCUCAUCUCGAAGAAGUUCCUCAGACCGGCAGAUACCGGUUCAUGGAUCUCUCUCCGGAAGCCGAAGCAGAAUACGCGGCCGAGUCAUUCAGGGAGAUCAUGAAUGAAGUGGGGCCCAAGUUAUUACCUUCCAACCAUCCGAUAGUGCGGUACUGUCAAGCCAUCGCAGCGCGCAUCGUUUCCUCCGCUGGGCUCGGACACGUCGUGCCUGGGAGCACACACGGAGUACAGAAGAGGCGACGCGGUUGGGGUCUGAGCGGCCUGGACGAGGGAGAGACAGGCUUUGGUAACCAGAUGACGGACGAGAGCACAUGGGAAAUCUUUGUCAUUAAUGAUCCAGACACGCCGAAUGCGUUUGUGUUGUCCGGGAAGAAGAUAUUCGUUUUUACGGGGAUUCUUCCUAUUGCCGGUGAUGAUGCGGGAUUGGCAACAAUUCUUGGACACGAAAUCGCCCAUCAAGUCGUGCGACACGGCGCUGAACGCCUUUCUCAGGUCAAAGUGCUAAUGGCGCUAGGGUACUUUUUUGACUUCGUUAUGGGUGUUGACAUUGGUAUCACACGAAUUGGCCUAAACCUGUUUCUCACAUUGCCCAAUUCGCGAGCCCAGGAAAGUGAGGCAGAUCGGAUUGGCCUGCGCCUUAUGGCACAGGCGUGCUUCGAUCCCCGAGAAGCACCUCAAGUGUGGGUCCGCAUGACGGAAAUGGAGAACAAGAAACGACUGGGUUGGCUCGGCGCUAUAGACUUUAUAAGCACUCAUCCUAGUAGUUCGAAGCGCAUUAAGAAACUCGAAGCGUGGACUGCCGAAGCCCUGGACGUCCGAGCUGCUUCCUCAUGCCCCGACGAAUUGAGCAAUCGUUUCGAAGCGUUCAAGGAUGACGUCGCGAACCGUCUCUCGGAACCGUUCGCUGGAACUCCAACUCGGAGUCCUUCGCAGGGGAUAGAACCGAUGGAAGAUGGCCGACCCCAGGAUAGCUUCCGCGACCCGUACGCUGAGAGGUCUCGUAUACCCGGCAUGCUACCGCCGCCGAGACCGUUACCCCAGCGUGAGACGCUUGAGGACAGAACAAAACCUCUAAAUGAGGUGGACCCAGUUGACGAACAGUGGCUGAAAUGGCUGAGAGGAAGGAAGUCUUCGUGA